UUUGACCGACUCAGCAAGAAGGUGGAUUUUCCUUGUGUCUAAAGAGAAAAAAAUGUCCCCGUGUCUGUAGAGAUGCUUUGCAGUUCAGCCCGGCUGAAGCUGACCGAAUGAGACUAUGGGCUGUGCCUCUGCGAAGCAUGUUGCCACUGUUCAAAAUGAAGAGGAAGCCCAGAAAGGGAAGAACUACCAGAAUGGAGACGUGUUUGGUGAUGAGUAUAGGAUCAAACCGGUGGAAGAGGUCAAAUACAUGAAAAAUGGGGCAGAAGAGGAGCAAAAAAUAGCAGCCAGGAACCAAGAAAACUUGGAAAAAAGUGCCAGUUCAAAUGUAAGACUUAAAACUAAUAAAGAGAUUCCGGGAUUAGUUCAUCAACCUAGAGCAAAGCCACCCACAAAGACAGGUUCACUGUCAAGCGGGCACUUCGAGAGUCUGCUGGAAUUACCUCUCUGGCUCAUCCUGCUUCCCACCCUUGGGGCCCUUCACCAGAGCCAGAUUGGAAGCCUGGCGUUUCAUGCCAAUGUGAGCGUGCCAUCCGUGAGCAGAACCUGCCUAGUUAACUCAAGGCCCCACAAAGUGCCGCUGUGUUUGCUGAGUGCCCUGGGUGAGGCCCCAGGGAUGCUUCCCGGACUACCUGAGAGAGUCCCCAGUCCUUCUGUGGCAUGAACUUGAAGAUAAAAACUGGUGGUCAAGAGAGCCUCCCAGUGGCUGCUGCGUGGCACAGCAGGACAGGCAGUCCAAAGGGGCUUGACAGCUAGCUGUCAAGUAUUCCCAUAUUUUAGUGCCUUUUUAAGGAACACACAUGCAUACAAAGGGUAGUCCUUUUCAUAUCCCCAAUUUUUCACAUCUCCAUUAUCAUUUCAUUAUUCAUUUCUGUCUUACAUAAUCUGCAGCUUAGUCAAUUCUUUUGGUUUUAAGGUGGGAAGACCUGCCUGUGUCUGUAUCCCUGGGGCUCCUCUAAACCUGCCGGUUUGUGAGAUGAUUUCAUGGUUUCUUUUACAUGUAUCAAAUGUCUACCCUACAAAGAACUGGAUGGAGUUAACAGCUGAGCAAAGAUUAGAGAGGUAAGCUGUGAUUUGUUGUUACCUCUGUAGAAGAGUGUAUAUGCCAUUUGACAAAAAGAAAAAUGUCCAGUUUUAAAGAGUCUGUUUACUCUCUGAUGGGUUAUCAGAUUGACAGCUCAGAUUCGCCCAUGCCCUCCAAACUCUACUGUGUUUUCAAACACGGGUAUUGAGAUUAUAUGUUCUUAGUGAAAUUCGGCUCCCAUUCCCCAGAGAACUCAGCACUCUCUAGUACCCUAAGAACGACUCUCCCCGCAAGGUUCAACUCUCUACUUUAUGGGACUAAUCAGAGGCACUGAAACGACACUGGCAAUCUCUCAACUUCCUCUCACCUUUGUACUGGCAAACUUGGUACACGUGCCGAUAUUCAUUUAUCCCACUUGCCCUCCUGUCUCGGAGGAAGCGAGAUUUCUUUCUUUUCACUGAAGCUAACUCUCCUAUGAAUGCAGUUGAUCCCACCUCACUUCUGCAGAGCACUGUGCCCACAGUUAGUCUCUUUUUGAACAACUUCUCCCUCUCUGUCAGAGGCUUCCUCCAGUGUGAAUGCUUCCAUGUCCCCAGCCUGUCCCCCACUGCCCCUCGACGGCGUCCUCAGGGCUGAGGCCAGCUCCUCAUCUCCCAUCCUCUCCUUAACCCACUUCAGUCAGCCUCCUGCUGCUACCACUCUACAGAGACUACUCUUGCCGUGGUCACCGGUGCCUUCACACAAACCACCCAGAGCUCUUCGUCCCAGAGCUCCACUCCCCAGGCCUUCCCCUCAGAAAUGAAAGAGCACUGCCACACGCCCAGUCGCUGAGACCAAACACCUGCACUUGAGUGUAUCCUGCUCCAAUCUGUUAGAACUUCUUGUUAUCUCUACCUUCACUGGUACCCUGACCGCUUUUCUGUCUGUCACUUCUGACUUGUAUCGCUGCCACUGCCUAACUUCUCUGCCUCCCAACAGACUACAGUCUGUUCUCCCCAAAGCAGCCAGGAGAGCCUCUUAAAUUAAGAGUACUUUAUGCGCCUGCUCCAGAUCUGCCAGAGGUUUCCCAUCAAACAAAUACCUUCUUCCCGUGGCCUGCAAGUUACGAGGCCCUGUGCGGUACGGCCUUGUCCUUCCGUGACCUCAUCACCUAUGCUCUUUCCCUCAUUCCCCGCUCGGAUCACAAUGGCCACCUUGCUUUUCCUUGAACACACAGAACAAGUUCCUGUCUCAGAGCCUUGCACUUGUCCCCUCUGCCCGUAAUGCCAGCGUACCUGAUCUUCCUCAGUUCAGCCACGUCCUGGGUUCAAACAUUACCUCUUUAAAGAGGCUCUUCCUGAGCUUUCUAGUAAGCCCCUCUAAUCACUUUAUCCCUUUACCUUGCUUUCUCUUCAUGGUUUUUACCACUACUUGAAAUAGUCAUCUUUUAAAAAACACUCAUUAAAAAAAAACACUUAUACUUUGCUAUACACCUGAAACUAGCACAACACUGUAAAUCAACUGUACUCCGAUUAAAAAAAAAAAAAAAAAAAAAAUUUACGUCUUCCACACUUGCUCCAUAAAGGCAAGAACUUUAUUUAUCCAACUUGUUCUCUCCUCCACCCCCCACAUGUAGAAAAGUGACACAGAGUAGGUAUUCAGUGACAUGUUAUUUAUGACAUGAGCAACUUCUUGGUAGCAUUUAGCGUUUGGACCAUACUCUCCUUCUUGAACCUCUCCUGGUGUCUCUUAGGGUUCUCUGCUGGGUUUCCUACCACUGUAGCCACUCCUCUGGGGAUCUGUCCCUUAAGUGCUGACAGUCCCUACAGAUCUAUCUUCUACCCACUUUUUAUUUUACAUACUUUCUCUGCAUUUGAACAGCUACACUUAAUUCCCUCCCUCUAGCUCAGAUUCAUGCUCCAAUCCCAUAUAUUCAAAUGAUUACUAGACACUGCCAUUCUGCUGUCUCGCAGGUACAUCAAGCUUAACUUGUCUACAAAGAAAUGCCCCUCUUCCAACCCCAACACUCUCCUUCCUGCAUUUCCUAGCUCUCCAUAUGCAAGCACCAUUCCUGCCUCUCUCAAGCAUGUGCUAAGCACUCCAAGUGGCCUGUAGCUCCAAGAAAAGGCCUGUGUCUGAUCCAGUACCCACUGAGGGGUCUCUUUUCAAAAGGACAAGCCUCCUGUCCUAAAUUCUGCCUUGAUAGGAGCAGGCAGUGAGUGGCCUAAGUAUUCCUUCCCUGCAGACCACGCAGCUGACUUUCCCCCCUACAGGUUUGCUAUAGGGAGGAGUAAAACAAUCCCAACUACCUCUCACUUGAAUAUGAUUUAUUAUUCAAAUGAUAAAAUCUUACCACAGGAAUUAGGAAUGGAUGACAAAAAGGUCCUUACACAGCUGUAGCUUAGCAGGCUAACUAGAGUAAAGCCUUCUGAAGUCCUACUGGCACCCUAGUCCUGGGCAACUUCACAUGCAGGCAAUAAGAGGACAGCAGGGAUGGUUAACACCAUUAUCCAUUAUCCAAGGAACAGAGAACUGAGGGCAGUAGUUCUCAAUCAGGACACACAUCAGAACUGCCUAGGCAGUACAGUCUGGGACUCAGCUUCAAACUACCCGGAACCUGUUUCUGCCUGUGGACCAGAGCGUUCAGUUAUUGCCCCGCCCUACCACCACAACAUGCGUCGUCUGUGUGUGCGUGUGUGCACUGUGCGUGCAUGUGUCCCCUCAGGUGUGGAAGGAGAAACCAGAAAUCUCUCCUGCUGCCUUUAAUAGCAAUUGUUUUGUGAUGAGAAAAGCAAUGGCAACAUUUUAAAUCAUAAUGAUUAUUAAAGCUCAAAUGUGUAUACUUUACUUUCUUUUGAUAGGUUUCUCUUAAUAAAGUUCUAAUGAUCAUUUCAGGAACCUACUUUCAUUUGGGAAAAACAGGACCAUACCAUGUGUACAAGACAGAAAUUUCUACAGAUGCUUUACGAAAGAAAAAAUAUCUUACCAAAGUUAUUACUGCAGUUUCAGCAGUUAGAUGUGUGGCACUACAAAGAGUAUAAACAAAUCUGUAAAUGACUUUGUGUUCAGGAUCAUGCUCGAAGUAUUCCUCUGGAACCUUUUCUCGCUGAAAGGAGAAAAAAUGCAAUUUAUGUAUCCAUGGAAGAAAAAUACUUAAAAGUACCCUUAAGAUAGCAGUCUUCACACUUGGGCCCACGUGCCCCUUAAAAUAAUUUUGGUUGGGUGACAUGUCUUGUAGUCUUUUAAAUAUAAACAAUGGGAUCCUAAAAUACCACAGUGAUCCAGUACUCACCACCAUUCAUUAAAGAAAAAUACAGGCACAACCGCAGAAAAUUUAUGUAUUUCCACGUUCCUCCCCACAGAAUUCUAACCAAAUGUAAACUAUUGGGUUGGCCAAAAAGUUCAUUUGGUUUUAAGUAAAAAUAAAAGACACAGUUUUCAUUUUCACCAAGCAUUUUAUUGAACAAUAUAUUCACUAACCAAACAAACUUUUUGGCCAACCCAAUAUUUUUAGGCUCAAAAGUCUUGCUGAUCACCAUAUGUCAUACUUUUCUGUCAUCAACUUUGAAAACACAUUUCCAGUGUCCUGUAACCAUAAGGCUCGAAGAAUGUGCUGUCCUGUACAGCAGUCGCCAGCCACGUGUGGCUACAGAGCACCCGAAGAAGUGAAUUUUAAAACUUUGUCAUUUUAAUUCGUUUAAAAUUUAAACAGUUUUCUAAUUUUCUUCUUAGAGGCCUUAUCAUAUUAGGUUUAUUUACAAAUAUUUAUAUUGUUUGAUGCUAUGGAAAAUCAUCCUUUAAAAAGAUACAUUUUCUGUUACUUGGGUAUGUUUACUUACCUGCUCACUAUUCAUACAAAGUGCAACUCGGUUCAUAUCCAUCAACCCCUUAUACAACACGCCUUCGGGAAAAUGACUAGACACAACAUGGCGUGGGGAAGAAGACUUAAAGGAAGAUGAAUUUGACUUCGAGCUGGAGGAAGUAAUUUUCUUCUAGUACUUAAUUUCAAAGCAAAUCAGCAUGAAAUAAACACAACUGUAUAAGAGAAAAAUACCACUUCAAUAAAACUGACACUUACUGUGA